AUGCUUACCAAAACUGCCAUGUCGUCUGCAAAAGAUAAAAAUAUUCGUUCUGCUCAACAUAAUGAUGCAACAGCUAUUAGAAAAGUCCAUAGUCGUCAUACAUGGAAACUCGAAAGCAUCAGCCAUGGACAUGGUCCACCAGUUUCACGAAAAGCGGUUCAAUAUGUUUUGGAUGAAGUGGCAAAGAGACGAAAUGAAAAGUUUCACUUUUCAAAACAAGAAAUAGAGUCACUGUGUACAAUAUUUCGUCAUUUGACAAAAAAUGCUGAUAAAAUUGAUCGUAAUCGAUUUAGAGAUAUUUUAAAUAACACAUUCGAUAUGACAGACGAUAUUCUAAUGGAUAGAGUUUUUAAAGCAUUUGAUCGUGACAACGAUGGUCAAGUAAAUAUGUUGGAAUGGGUCGUUGGUUUAAAUACAUAUCUUCGAGGAACAUUAGAUGAAAAAAUAGCAUUUGCGUUUAAUUGUUAUUCGUUAAAAGGAGAAAAACAUAUAACACGUGAAGAAAUUUUUCAAUUACUCAAAAGCAGUGUGUUGAAACAAGCCGGUGAUGAAGAUCCAGAUGAAAGUAUAAAAGAACUCGUUGAAAUAACUUUGAAAAAAAUGGACAAAGAUCAUGAUAAUCGUCUUGGUGAUGGCGAUUUCACAGCAUCUGUCAAAGAAGAUCCUCUUUUAUUAGCUUGCUUUGGACAAGUAUUUCCCAACCAAAGGAGAAAAAAUGAUUUUGAGAAGACACUUGCUCAAAUGUCGGAUGUUGUAUUCGGCCAAUCAUUAUCUCCUCAACAGUUGGCAUCUGUCUUUGAUUAUUAA